AUGCACACCAACGCUCACGUUCACUUCUUUCUCUUCCUAUCUCCCAGGAAAGCUCUGAUGGACGUGCUGGUGGAGCUGUGCAGUAGCUACCAGCUGAAUCCAGCCCUCCACACCCUGGAUCUUCUGUCACCCGAGGGACACUCGCUAGGGUUCAAACCCAACGCCCUGCUCGGGUCGCUCCAUGUGGCCAGGGUGCUCAUCAAGGAAAAGGUUGUGGAGGAGAAAGUGAGGCGCAGACCGGCGCCUAAAGUGCCAGAGAAAACAGUGCGUUUGAUGGUGAACUACCACGGCAGCCAGAAGGCCGUGGUCCGGGUCAACCCACUGGUUCCGCUCCAAGCUCUGGUACCGGUCAUCUGUGACAAGUGUGACUUUAAACCUGCUCACGUUCUGCUUCUGAAAGAUGGCGUUAGUCGUUACGAGCUGCCGCUGGACAAAUCUCUGACCGAGCUGGGGAUCAAGGAGCUCUACGUGCAGGAUCAGAGUCUAGUUUUGCAGCCUAAAAUGGCCUCUGCCCCCGCUCUUAACUACUCAGAUUCUCUUUGGUCCAGUUCUACCAAUUUGGGAAAAUCUCCAAAGAAAGGCCUCCUGAACAUUUUCCAGUUCAGCCGAAGGAAAUCCAAGAUGGGCCUCACAUCAGAAAGCCAAAGGAAGAGAAAGGCUCCGGCUCCUCCUCCCACUCCAUCCUCCAUUUCUCAGGACUCCGACGACUCUUCAGCACCUGCUGCUCCUUCUCCCGAUCAAAUUCCCACCCCAGCCCAACGCAACAAGGUGGCACCGUCAACCACGAUCUCUGAUGCUUCAGUCGUCGCACAAACAGUUAAACCAUCUCCCCGGAGAAGAACCGUUCAGCCUCCACCACCAUGCAACAUCACCCCAGCUCCCAGCUCUCCAUCCCUGAGCGACAGCACCACAGACAGCCUGGCCGUGCAGGAUUCCAGCUCGGAGCUCAGCCGCAGCCUCAGCGACUCCGAUGUGGACCUCGAGCGGGCCGGGUCCCCCAACAGCACUAGCAGCACAGCAAGCAGCUCUGUGCAGGUCCAGCCCACAACAAAAGAGCCGAGCAACUUACCUGGCCCAAAAAAUGAAGACAUGCAUUCAGACCGAAGUUCUAGUUCAGACAUGGAGCUGGCUCUGAACCUGAGGCUGGAUGAAGUGGAGAACAGUCGUCACAGCGGAAUGGCUUGGCUCCAUUCAGGGAAGAGUUCGUCCUCCAGCGUCCAGAAACAAGAACCUGCUGCAGCCGAAGUUGACAGCUGCAGCCUGCCGGACCGGGGUUACGCACCACCUGACAAGAUGGCAGAGGGCGAGGACACGGGCGUCAUCAGCACUCCAUCUGACACACAGGCGACGUCUCUGAUUGGGAGCUUAUCAGUGGGCGGAAGAGUUGUAGGCAGGGACGAGGAACUUGUGGAGGACACUUCUAGUGACAUCGAUGAGGGAAGCGCCACCUGGAGACCCAAACACAGGUAG